AGACACUGCUUUAAGACAAAGACAUCAUGGAUAAAUAUGAAAUCAUUAAAAAAAUUGGAGAAGGAUCUUUUGGUAAAAUAUUCUUGGCAAAAGGAAAAGUGGAUAAUGAACAGUGUGUUAUCAAAGAGAUCAAUUUAACUAAGAUGCCUGUGAAAGAAAAAGAAGCCUCUCAGAAGGAAGUAAUUCUUCUGGCCAAGAUGAAGCAUGCAAAUAUCGUAACCUUCUAUACUUCUUUGCAAGAAAAGAACAAGCUAUAUAUUGUGAUGGAAUACUGUGAUGGUGGCGAUUUAAUGAAGCGCAUAAAUGUGCAGCAUGGAGUGCUGUUUGACGAGGACCAGAUUCUGAGUUGGUUUGUGCAAAUCUCCUUGGGCUUGAAGCAUAUUCAUGACAAGAAGAUUUUACACAGAGAUGUAAAAGCACAGAACAUUUUUCUUAGCAAUAAUGGAAAGGUAGCAAAGCUUGGGGACUUUGGCAUAGCAAGACAGUUGAACAGCACUAUGGAGUUGGCCCACACCUGUGUAGGGACCCCCUAUUACCUGUCACCUGAGAUCUGUGAAAAUCGACCGUAUAACAAUAAAACAGAUAUUUGGUCUCUUGGCUGUGUCCUUUAUGAGCUAUGUGCACUAAAGCAUCCUUUUGAAGGCAAUAGUUUGCACCAGCUGGUGCUGAAGAUCUGCAGAGGACGUUUUCACCCAGUGUCUCCCAACUAUUCAUAUGAUCUGAGGAUAUUAAUUUCCCAGUUGUUUAAAAUAUCUCCAAGAGAUCGACCAUCUAUCAACUCUAUUCUAAGGAAGCCCUUCUUGCAGAAGCUUGUUCUCAGGUAUUUGCCCCCGGAGAUCACACCGGAAGAGCUCAGUCUUCUGAUACACGGAAAAAGGCCUUCAGCAUCACACUCUGGAGCCAAGCUGAGACAAGGACAUAUACUUCAAAAAAGGAGGGUCCAAGACCAGGUUUCUCCAGAAUCUGGAAUGGUGGUGCCUGUGCAGAAACAGGAAUUAUUUCAAAGAAAUGAAUGGAAACCUCCUUCAAGAGGGCAACAGCCUAUUUUUCAGCCCCAGAGCUACAGAUUGAAGAUGGCAGAAAGACCAGAGAGUACUAGAGUACAUGGCCAUUAUGGUCAAUACUAUGAUAUGCUUGACAACUUGCAGAGGAAAGCUAAUGCACAUUAUGACUUUUCUUGUAUCAACCCAAGAGUUGAGGAAUACUAUAAACUAAAAGGACAAGUUGCACCUCCACCCCCACCACCCAACUGGCCUGCAGAAUAUCUUCAAAGACGUUUUGAAGCCCAACAGUACAAGAUUAAAGUGGAAAAACAGCUGGGACUGCGACCAUCCUCUGCUGACCAAUAUCAUGCCCAAAUACUGCAGCAGAAAAUAAAGGAAGAGCAUCUCAAAACCCAUCAGCAGGACUUGGCUAGAAAGAAUGAAAUGAAAGAACAGGAGUACCUGAAACAAUUGCAGAGAAUUCGGGAAGAAUACCACAGCGAUAUAAAAGAAUUCAGAUUUAGAGCAGGAGUACUCCAGAACAUGGAAGAAAACCUUAAACAAGUUAGACUCCAGGGCAGGCAGGACCAGAAAAUUUUAGAAGAGAAACGUAACACAAAGGGAGGAGUAAAGUUUGAAAUUAAUUUAGAUGUAUAUGUUCCUGAGGAAGACAGCAUUCAAGAAGCAGAGGUACUAGAUAAACUCAAUGAGACUUUAACUUUUGCGGGUGGUGAGAAUCUUAAGGAGAAACUGGUGGAAGUUUAUGAAGAUCAUACAGACAGAGCUUUGGAAGAACUACUUGGAUACCAAACAGAGUCCAAUGACAUAGAUGAUACAAAAGAAAACAGAAAACAGUGGCAAGCUGGAGCCCCUCACACACUACUGAAUUUUUUAGCUGAUACUGAUGUCACAUCUGUAUGUCCCACUAUGGCUGAAAAUGAACUUGCUGACCAGGCUAUUCUGCCUGAAGGCAUCCUGGAAAAGAGGAAGCAGUGGAAACAAACACCACCAGGGACACUCCUGAACAUCUUAGCAGAAGCAGAGUUGUCUAAUGAUUCCUUCAUCGAUCUUGAAGAAGAAAAAG